AUGAAUUCUCGAUUCAGUAAUUCGAAAAUAAAGAUGGCGCCAAAUAUCUUAAGCAUAGAUUCAAAAAUACUUACGAAAAAAAAAUUUCAAAACGAGGAAUUUUCAAUUAUUGAAAAGACUACAGAUGAAAAUGAUGAAAAUGACGUUCAAAACAGAAGCGAGAGUUAUAUAAAAAGUGAAGGCUGGUUCAAGACGGAGCUGAAAUGGAAGAACAUCAUAACUAUUAGUCUUUUCCACUUAUGCUUCGUAUAUGUCUUUUUUACUUUUAAAUUUUUCGAAAAUCUGAAGACGACCGCUUGGAUAUAUGGCAUGAUUUUAAUAGGAGGAAUAGGCGUCACUGCCGGUGCUCAUCGUUUAUGGACCCAUAAAGCUUAUAAGGCAAAAUGGCAGCUUAGAAUCAUACUUGUCGUUUUAUAUGCUUCAACAGGCAUGAAUGACAUUUUCGAAUGGGUGCGAGAUCAUCGAGUGCAUCACAAAUAUACGGAUACGGAUGCGGAUCCGCAUAAUAGUAAUCGAGGGUUCUUUUUCUCCCAUGUAGGCUGGUUGAUGAUGAAGAAACAUCCAGAUGUGAUUCGAAAGGGUCGUCAUGUUGAUAUGAGUGAUAUAUUGGCUGAUCCUAUUGCUGCAUUCAGUGUCAAAUAUUUCUUGAUAUUAAAAAUUAUCUUCACUUUUUUGCUUCCGGUAAUGCUUCCUGUAUAUGGAUGGAAUGAGACUUGGUAUAGAGCUUUCGUGUCGCAAAUUAUUCUUCGUUAUGUUCUCCUUUUAAAUUUCAUAUGGUGCGUUAAUAGUGUGGCUCAUAUUUGGGGCUCAAGGCCGUAUGAUGCGCACAUAAAUCCGACGGAAAAUCAAUGGGUUAACUUUGUUGCGGCCGGUGAAGGAUCGCACAAUUAUCAUCAUGUCUUUCCAUGGGACUAUAAGACUUCCGAGUUUUGCAAUUCUACAACUACAGAUUUCAUCAAUUUUUUUGCAAAAAUCGGGUGGGCAUAUGAUCUCAAAGAACCAUCGCAGGAGCUCGUGAAAAUCGUCGCGAUAAAAAAGGGUGAUGGAAGCCAUCCUUUAUGGAAUGCUAUGCCAUAUCCAGCUAGUUGA